AUGGCCGAUUUCAGUCCCCCAGAAUCAUGUAGCAAGGACAUCAUCCCGUGGUGGGCCCCAUUCACGGUGACAUGUUUUAUCCUAUGUGGUGCAAUCGGCAUGAAGGUUUUUCGGGCAGUGCGGCUCUUCCUUCGUCGGCACGAGAGUCAUUUUGAACCCAAGCAAACAAAACAAAGUAUCCAAAGGUCCCAAGUGAUCCCAGAUGUCGAGCGAGGUAGAAUACUUCGCAUGUAUUGUAAAGACAAUGGCGAUAAUAGCGAAGAUCAGUGCACGGAAGUGGAGUCAAGUGAUGACAUUUCAGAAUGUGAGAAUAUUUACGGAAAGAAGCAGUCCGUGACGACCAGUCAUAGAUUUACAGUUCAUGCAUUACAGGAAGCACCGCAAGAGCCGGAUUCCCCCGAAAUUCAUCCGAGUUCGCGCUUUCAUCGUCUAAGUUCGGUCAAAUAUGGUAAAGUUUGGCCCCCUUGGGGAAGUACAUUAAAAUUAAAAACGAAGAAGCCAUUUGACUUUGGCACGGAGGAGAAAGACUCUUCAACAGACGACCUUGACCGGUGGGGUCAACUAAAGCAGCGACUUCGGUUGUACUUUAGAGGACCAUCUGCUCGACAGAAGCUCAAUCUGAAGUUGUACUGUGAACGAUACACGACGGUUUCCUACCGCGCUGGUAUAGUAAUGAUUAACGCCUACGAGUUAUUGCUGCGACCAGUGAAUUUGGAGGCUGCUGAGUGGGUUGCGUUCACAGGGUCUCAGAACACCGAUCUUUCUCUACGCCAACCUCCGUUCAGUGCUCAAGGUGUAUGCUUCAGUUUGAAGAGCAAAAUACUGGCGUGGCUCAAUUUCAUCAUCAAUUUAUAUUGUUUGGGAUAUUAUAUACUUCGAUAUUGCGCCGCAACGGAUCGAUUGAACUUUGUACUAAGCUACACGUCACUCAUCGAACUCGUGGCGAUUCCGCCGUCAUUGCUUGCAGCUUUCCAAUCUCAUCGACAUUACGAAAAGCUACUAAUCCACGAAUUCUUUCUUGAAUUGUUCUACACAGAUUUGAACUUUGUCCGAGCCACCUGCCUUUUCAAUUACGUCGACGUAAUGACCUAUUUGGGAGCCAUCAAAUCUAAUCAGAGCAUUCAGUCGGCGCGAAUAUGCUUCGCACUGUUUACAAUGUGGAUGGUUGGAAGUGGACUAAUGCACGGGAUUGAUCAUUUAGGUGACUUUUGGGAGGAUAAACCACAUGAAGGUAGUUGGAGUUAUUUCGAGGCCUGCUACUUCUUGCUGGUUACCCUGUCAACUGUGGGUUAUGGAGACUAUGCUGCAAAUACAACGCUUGGGAGGCUCUUCAUUUGCAUAUUUAUUCCAGUAGCGAUGGGUGUAUCGGCCAGUUUUAUCCCGGAGCUCUUUCGUAAUUUCAACACGAACACCAGUGAUUUAACUGCAAAAUAUGAAUCAAUACAUGGAGAGAGGCAUGUUCUUGUUUGCGGGAACUUUGAUAACAGAAGCCUGCAGACAUUCAUCAACGGAUUCCUUUCGGGUGGUGGGACGAAAGGUCGUGAGCGGAUGAAUAUCGUCAUUCUCAGACCCCUCCUCAGUCCCUUUCAUGCAUGGGUUCGCUAUUUUGUCGGAACCCCAAACAACCCCCAGGAUUUGCAACGAACGAAAAUGCGGGACGCUCGAGCCGCGAUUGUUCUGGCCACUCCUAAUGCGAAACAUCGUGAUGCGGAGGACGGUGCCAACAUUAUGCAAGCGAUUGCUUUAAAGGCACGGAAGAAGACGCUCCGAGUUGUAGUGCAACUACACAACUUCAAAAAUAAGGUAAAAAGAUUAUUUGCCAGAUCUCGAUCCACUUACCAACCUGGCAGAAGAGAAUCUGUGGAUGUUGCGCGAACAGUCCCCAGUAAAGUUCAGUGGAUUACUGAGGUACGCAAACCGUCGCACCAAAACAAGGUCCGAUCUCUUCGCGUCCUUCAUGCGAUGUUUCAAGAUGCCACAUGCCUCCUCAACAAUUAUCCAAGGUGGACAUAUUUGGUGAAUGAUAUGGUAGUCUGCAUGGAAGAACUGAAGCUCGGUUUGCUUGCCUACAACUGUCUUGCACCAGGAUUUGCAACGCUUAUCCUCAAUUUGCUGAAUAUUCACGGGAACAGGAAACCCAUGUCACAAAAGCUGGAACGGUGGCGGGAGGAAUACGAGUACGGGUUCCGGAUGGAAAUGCAUGACGUUGGAAUUAGUCAUGAAUUCAACAACAUCCGGGUACAAGAACUUAUCUCGUUCGACAUGCGCUUCACACCUGCAAAAUGUAAAGUGCUACUGUAA